UUACAGCCAGUAACAUUUAUUCCUUAAUCCUAAAACAUUCAUUCACAGAUCCAGAGUUAUUUAAAAAUAGAAUGAACGCAACGCAACUACAUGCUCGGGUCAGUUCGGUACCAUCCGCGAUUCGAGCUGCGCUCUAAACAAACCGUAAUCAAUUAUAAACAAUUACGAAUAAAACGAGUGAUUUAAUCGAGUAUCAGUGAAUUAAUCGAUUAAAGAAAUCGAAAUCGGUUGUUUGGAUUCAAGUUCCGCGUUCUGUAGUGUUUUACUUUUAAAUUUUAUGCAACAGCAAAAACCAUAACAUAAAGAAAAGACAAAAAUAGUGCGACAAAAAAAUGCAAAAGUGCUUUGGAGUAACAUUUUCAUGAGUGCAAUUGUGAUAGCAGAAUGAACAGAACGAAUGAGUGAACGAAAAUAAUGGGUUAAAGUGAUUCAAAGACUGAACUUUAAGCAAAAUGAAAAGGCGAAAAAAAGACAGUAAAGUACGGGUUAGGUUCAACAUCACAAAUGUAACCGGCAUGAACCGAGGCUCCCGGGAGGAGCUCCUGGGCAGCUCCCAGGAGGCGCUGCGGAACAGCCACAAUGACCUGCGGCAGGUGUACGAGAGGCCUCUCACUAAGGAGGAGAAGACCUUCUUGCUGCAUGCUGAUAGAGGAGACUAUGUUACCGUAAAGAGGUUAAUAGAACAGUUCACACCUCAGCCUGACAUCUUGGACAUCAACUGCGUGGACCCUCUGAACAGGUCAGCUUUGAUCGCUGCUAUUGAGAACGAGAACAUAGAGCUGAUCAAACUACUCCUCACGUCAGGAAUCAAAGUCAAGGAUGCUCUCCUCCAUGCUAUCAAAGAAGAGUAUGUGGAAGCUGUUGAGUUACUUCUGCAGUGGGAGGAAGACAACCAUGUGCCAGGGGAGCCCUACAGUUGGGAGUCUGUCGACCCAUCCUCGGCGACGUUCACUCCAGACAUCACGCCGCUCAUCCUGGCCGCCCACAGGAACCACUACGAGAUCCUCAAGAUCCUUCUAGACAGAGGAGCCACGCUGCCAGUGCCCCACGACGUCAAAUGCGGUUGUGAUGAGUGCGUCAAGUCUUCGAACGAGGAUUCUCUCCGUCACUCGCAAGCGCGCAUCAACGCCUACCGGGCACUGUCAUCACCAUCCCUCAUCGCUCUAUCCUCUGCUGAUCCACUCCUGACAGCUUUCCAACUGUCCUGGGAACUUGGCAGGCUGAGCAGAAUGGAGACUGAGUUCAGAGUUGAAUAUAAGGCCUUACGCCAACAAUGCCAAGAGUUUGCCACCUCCCUACUGGACCACACGAGGACUUCCAAGGAGUUGGAGAUCAUGCUGAACUACAACCCCUGGGACGUCGACUGCUGGGAGCCGGGAGAGAGACAAACCCUUGGCAGGCUGAAGCUUGCCAUCAAAUAUAAGCAGAAGAUGUUUGUGGCCCAUCCAAAUGUACAGCAGUUACUGGGAGCGAUAUGGUAUGAAGGUCUGCCGGGGUUCAAGAGAAAAAACAUCGUUGGACAAUGCAUACAGGUGGCGAAAUUAGGCGUAAUGUUCCCAGUUUACUGCACAAUUUACAUGCUUGCCCCGAACUCCGAAUACGGCAGGUUUAUGAAGAAACCAUUCGUCAAAUUCAUCUGCCACAGUUCCUCAUACAUGCUGUUUCUUACUCUUCUAUCAUUAGCAUCUCAGAGAGCAGACUACUUAGUUUUGGAGUGGUCUGGUAUCACUUGGCUGCAAGAGCUGGUGGACCAUUGGAAGGAGAGGGAGCGAGGGUCCCUACCCAGCAUCAUAGAAUUCAGCGUCAUCAUCUACAUAGCAAGUUUAAUCUGGGCAGAGAUAAGAUCGCUCUGGACCGGGGGUAUUACGGAGUACAUCAGUGAUCUGUGGAACAUUGUGGAUUUCAUCACCAAUGUGUUCUACAUCGCUUGGAUCAGCUUACGGUUCUCGUCUUGGUAUAUUGUUCAGCGUGACAAUAACAAUGGCAUGGAUCCAUGGUAUGCUCGCGAACAAUGGGACUCCUACGAUCCCAUGCUCCUGUCUGAAGGAGCCUUCGCAGCUGGCAUGAUCUUCUCGUUCCUAAAGCUGGUCCAUAUCUUCUCCAUCAAUCCAUAUCUUGGGCCACUACAGGUGUCAUUAGGAAGAAUGAUUCUCGAUAUCCUGAAGUUCUUCUUCGUUUAUAUGCUUGUGUUAUUUGCUUUUGGAUGUGGUUUAAAUCAACUGAUGUGGUAUUACGCUGAACUGGAAAAGAACAAGUGUUAUCAUCUCCCAAAUGGUAUACCGGACUUCGACAAUCAAGAAAGGGCUUGUACAAUAUGGCGACGAUAUGCAAACUUAUUCGAAACAUCACAAUCCCUGUUCUGGGCGUCAUUUGGGCUUGUUGACUUGACAACCUUCGAGCUGACCGGCAUCAAGAGCUUCACCAGGUUCUGGGCUCUCCUGACCUUCGGGUCUUACUCAGUGAUCAAUAUUAUCGUCCUCCUAAACAUGCUGAUUGCCAUGAUGUCUAACUCUUAUCAAAUUAUUUCGGAAAGAUCAGACACCGAGUGGAAGUUCGCCCGCAGCAACUUGUGGAUGUCCUACUUCGAAGAUGGGGAUACUGUUCCCCCUCCAUUCAACAUCAUCCCCACUCCCAAACACUUCAUGUGCUGGAUGAAGAGGUGCUUCUCCAACAGGGACCGAGGAUCUAUUAUUAACAAAUCUCGUGAGAAAGCCCGCCAAGAGCAUGAAGCGGUCAUGAGAGUCUUAGUACGAAGGUACGUGACAGCUGAGCAGAGGGCCAGAGACGAGGUCGGAGUGACCGAAGAUGACGUCAUGGAGAUCAGACAGGACAUCUCUACGCUGCGAUACGAGCUGAUCGAUAUACUGCAUAACAAUGGGAUGAAGACGCCGAGGGUUAGCAUGCAGGAUGCCACUGUGGCUGGAAAGAAAGGCAAAGUAAUGGAGAGGAGGAUUCUGAAAGAUUUCCACAUCGGUAUAGUGGAGGGCAUCAUAAAAGACGUUAUAUCUAAAGAGAACAAGCCCAAAGACGUGUUCAGUCAGAUCGCUAAGGCUAUUGUGAGGAGAGGAAGCACUGACAGCAAAAAGCGCGACUGGAACGCUUUAGUCCGAACCAACACAGCCCGCAAGGAUCCCAUCGGUACUACAGCUGAAGCGGAGACACGACGCAGCCGCCAGUCACUCCGGGCACACAUUCUGGAAAACAUGGCGUCCAGGACUAUCGACCCGCAGAAACUGUUAGAAUACAACCCGCAUCUAGCAGCUGUGUCUCCAUGCACGAGGGUAGCGUACGCCAAGUUCAUGAGAAGCAAGAUCAAGUCAGACUUCAACGAGAGAGAGAAGCAAGGAAGAAGGUUGUCCGAGUUCAGUCUGGAAGACGAGGUGUUUGAAGCCCCGAAGAAAAGAGAAAGUUGUAGACGAUGCAGUACUCGAUCAUUCCGCAGCAGAACUCCAAUCCCGGAGACAUCGGAUGAUGAAGGCCUGGACGAAAAUGAAAUACAAGUGGAAGCAGAUGUUGAGGACAAAGUUUCAGAAGGCGGAUCAGAACAAACCAGACCUCUGAAAUCAUCCUCCCAGGAGCCAUCUGAGCCAAGCACUCCAGCCUUCGACCCCGCCGACGGCAGCCGGCUACCACCACCCGCGGAGUUCCAAUCAACAGACCACGUCAUCACCAUUGAGCCGGACACACCAACCAAAACGCUAUGCAUGACGGAAGAAGAGGAUACGAACCUCCAGAAACCGAUAACACCGACUCCAAGCGUCCAUUCUCAGUCCGAGCAGAUUCUGUCAGCUUCCAGUCUAGAAGCCCAGUAUAAAACGAUGACUACAGAGCCCCCUAGCGUCGUUGUGACUCCUGAAGUCAGUGAACCAGCAAAAUCUCCUAGGAAACCACCCCCAGCUCCAAGAUCCGCAAGAGUCACUCCUGCUCCGUCACCAACACCAAGCUAUGGACGGGAUAGAGGCAAAUCUACUGUCACUGGCAAAAUUGUUUCUGGAUGGCUGUAAACUCUUGAGGAGUCUUCAAAGAGUCCACUUGAAAUAAAUGUUCUAGUCGUUUAGACGUAGGAAUGUGGGCUGACCUUGAACGAAUCGACGUAUUAGUGAGAUAUGCUAAUGAUAGAG